UGCAAGCCGUCCUAUCAGAUCGGCCAUUCUCGGAGAAAAGCGUAUAAGAUGUCGAAAGAAAUCGGUGAAUGAGCCAUCUUGGCAACUGGACACCAGGGAUCAUGAGUGGGCGGCGGCUAUGCUAUCAUGUCGCAUCAAUCACAGAAAUCCUGGUUAUCUUGAUCAGGUCCGGGCGCGGUCAUGGGUGGUGGUGGUGAUGAUGAUGUUGAACGAACAGACAUCUGCAGUUGACUUGACAACGAGGCGAUGUUAACCGAGGUUUGCGGAGUUGGCUCGGACCUUUUCCAGCUUUUCCUUUUUCCUGAUUCCUACACCCUUGACUCGAGUUGGAUGGGUGUGUGUCAGAACUUAGUUUGGGAGAUUGUGGGCUGUGGUGGGUGUCUGCCGGUGGAUUAUGCGGGCGAGUCGAAUGAGAGACCGAGGAGAGAGACAAGAGGCUCUUUCGCCGAGAGGUGCAGGUUGCACAGAUCAGAACAUGCGAUGCUGUCAUCAGCCUCGGAUCCUGACACGAGAAUUGAAGGAGAAAGGAAGGAGGGAGGAUUGGAGGAGGGGCUGUGCUGUCUGAACUUUGGAAAAUGUGAAUCCCACGUUGAAUGCAGAGAAGGAAGUAAGGAGGCUCCUUGCUAUAAUUGUUUUCCUGGCUUGGGGCCUGAAAUCAAGCUGAGUGAUCAAUGUUCGAGGUUCCAGUCCCUUCCAAUUACACAACCAGCCAGUCAGCCCUAUUCUUUUCUAUUAAGGCUGCAUAUGCAACUGCCUACACUUCCCCAUCCUAUGGACCAUAUUCCAAGAGGGGAAUUACUGGCCAAGACUGAGGUCUACAUCACUUGACCUGAAGUAAAGCCAGUGCGCACAUUCCAUACAAGCAGGACUAGACCAAGAAU